AUGGGGAGCUGCUGCCUUGCGCACCAUGCUUUGGAUGACCCCCCUCUUGUCCUCUUCCAGCCCCUCCUGUCCCAAGGGGGCUGGGAAUCUGUGGGGCUAAGGGGUGUGCCCGUCCCUCAGGCCCACUUCCUGAGAAUUCCCCAGCCACGUGUCCCCAAGGGUUGGGUGGCCUCUUCCCCAGUUACUUGGAGGAGGAAGACAGCAGAGACAGAGGAGACAGAGCAAAGGCAGCUGAAAGAAAGAAAACUCAGCAAGGAGAGAAAACUUGCGUCCUUACCUCCAUCCAUCUCCAUAUCAGAAAUGGAACCCAAUGGCAGCUUCAGCAAUCACAACAGCAGUAGGAACUGCACAACUGAAAACUUCAAGAGAGAGUUUUACCCCGUCGUGUACCUGGUAAUAUUUAUCUGGGGAGCUUUGGGAAAUGGCUUUUCCGUAUAUGUUUUCCUGCAACCUUAUAAGAAGCCCAGAUCUGCGAAUGUUUUCAUGCUAAAUCUGGCCAUUUCAGAUCUCUUGUUCACAACCACACUGCCCUUCCGGGUUGACUAUUACCUCAGAGGCGCCGACUGGAUAUUUGGGGACCUAACCUGCAGGAUUAUGUCUUAUUCUAUGUACGUCAACAUGUACAGCAGCAUCUAUUUCCUGACUGUGUUGAGUGUUGUGCGUUUCCUGGCAACCGUUCACCCCUUCCGGCUCCUUCACACCACCAGCAUCAGGAACGCCUGGGUUCUGUGUGGGAUCAUAUGGAUUUUUAUCAUGGUUUCCUCAAUAACGCUUCUGAACAAUGGCUCUGAGCCGAAGGGCAAUAUCACAUUGUGCUUGGAGCUGAAUACCAAUAAAGCUCAUCAGCUGAAGACCAUGAACUACUUUGCCUUGGUGGUGGGUUUCCUGCUGCCCUUCUGCACGCUCAGCGUCUGCUAUCUGCUGAUCAUCCGAGCUUUGUUGAAGGUGGAGGUCCCAGAAUCAGGGCUGCGGCUUUCUCACCGGAAGGCACUGACCACCAUCAUCAUCGCGUUGAUCAUCUUCCUCCUGUGUUUCCUGCCCUAUCAUAUACUGAGAACCCUCCACCUCAUCAAAUGGGAAGCGGAUAAAUGCAAAGACAAUCUGCAUAAAGCCGUGGCCGUCACACUGGCUUUAGCGGCAGCCAACAGCUGCUUCAACCCUUUGCUCUAUUACUUUGCUGGGGAGAAUUUUAAGGACAGACUAAAGUCUGCACUCAGGAAACACCAUCCACAGGGAACAAAGUGCUACUUUCCUGUCUGUGUGAGGUUGAAAAGUGAAGGAAGAGUAAACCUACUGGAGAAUUUGCUUCUCCAAAGUAAGAGAUUAAACCAGGAUAAAGGAAAGCAUGACAUCUAGCAAACAAGGAAUCCAACACAGAAGAAAGAUGAAGAAAAUUCCCAGGACGUUGGUGUGUAGCAGAAAAACAAGAAACUAAUUGAUCUGCACAUGUUGGAGGGAUUUAUAUUUUUCUUGGGUAGCAUGGGACAAACUAGUAAAAAUACAUAGGAAAAUAAACAAGUGAAAAGACAAUGCAAUUAUUACAUGCUAGGGAAAAAGAAACCAUUGUUUAAAAAGGACAUAGUACCAUAGUAGGCACUACAUGGCUCAGCUGUGAACAAUAUUUACACAGAGAAUGUAAAUAGCAAAAUACUAUGAUAUAACUUUUUUUAGGAAAUGAAGGGAGAAGAUGUGUAUGUGGGGGGGAGGGGUAUAAGAAAUCUAUGUUCCUAUAUUUUAUCACAGAAAAUGCAUAAUAACUAAAGCUAAAGAAUGAUAAAUAUCUGUAUAAAAAUGUUAUUUAGCAUUAGAGGCUAAAGCCCAGAAGAAACAGUGAAAAAGAUUGACAGGAAUUGCCUUUGGCGAAAAGUUGGGUCUGGGAGGAUAAGGUGGGGAUGUCUCUUUUCCUUUUAAUAACUAUUUAACUGUCUAAUUUGUGAAUAUGUAUUACUAAAACAAAGUAAAAAUUAAGUUGAAAAUUAAUUUUAAAAUUCAUAUUCAUUCUGCCUUAAAAAAAAAAAAGAUGAGGAAGAAAAGAAAGGUGACCAGAAGAGGAAGUUGUACACUGAGAGAAGAAAGGAAAGCAGAAAAGGACUACAUUUGGAUCUGGGCCCCUAAGGAAAGCCCACCUGGCCCUGCCAUGGAAAGGGAGCUCCCUUUUGGGGUGAGGGGAGUCACUUUCUGGGGUCAGGGGUGAUUUGGUAUGUCAGCAUUUUUUAGUUGUAAGUAACAGAAAAAUCCAACUCCAAGGGGCUUAAACAAUCACUGUACCACAUAACCCAACCAUGCACAGGGAAGCUGGGCUUCAGGCACUAUUCAACCAGGAUUCCUGUGAGCCUUUCUCUCCCUGCAUCAGCUUGGUCCCAUGGACACGUCUCCUCAUGGAGACCAGCUGAUUGCAAGAAGCUGAAGGCUACAUAUUUCCUCACCUGUAUCCAGGAGAAGAAACAGUGUAUCUCCCGCCCAAGUCAUCUAACAAAAGUCCCAGGUUUCCUUUUGAUCCGAUCGACUCAGAUUACACACCAGCUCCUAAUA